UCGCCCUUUGUUUUUUCAGGGUUACCCGGUGUGAAAGGACAAAAGGGGGAAAAUGGGAGCCCUGGGCCUGAGGGACCAAGAGGUUACCCUGGAUAUCCUGGUAAGCAAGGCGACAUAGGACAGAAAGGUGACCGUGGGGCUAAUGGUCUAAAAGGAAAAAGAGGCAUCCCUGGUCGAAAAGGAGACGUGGGUUCGAGAGGAAAUAGGGGAUUCCGUGGACAGAAAGGAGAAAUGGGAAGGACUGGAUCCAAAGGAGACCGUGGGGAUACGGGUCGUAGGGGUGAAAGGGGUGAACCCGGUCCUAAGGGUGAGCCUGGAGAUGCCGGUGAAAAAGGCGAACGGGGAGAGAAGGGGUCACCAGGAAAACCCUGGUCUCCGGCAUCUAAUGACACGUGUCUCUGUUCCUGUACUUACAUCGCAUCCCCAACAGAGAAUUCUGUUUCAGAAGAAGAAACAAUGACUGAUGUCGUGGCAUGCUCACCAUCAUCUACAACGACCAGCAGUUCGACAACAACGACAACAAUUCCAACAACAUCAACAACUAGCAGCACAACAACAACAACCGUGACCACCACCUCAACAACAACCCCUGUACCAACGACACCGAAGCCGAGGAAAAGUUAUUGUGUCAUAAAGAAAAUUGGAAUUCCGUUCUUCAAAACGAAGUCUGGGUCGUUGAAGGGAUGUUGGAUGAGAGAUCCUUUAAUGACGUCACAGAAAAUCUGGGUCACAGAGGCAGUGAGUGGACAGUAUCUCAUAGAGUAUUCAUCUACAGAAGAAAGCAAGGAAACAGUCAUGUAUAACUUAACUCAGUUUAUGUACCAAGGAACAGACCAUGUAGUGUACAAUGGCACCUUUUGUUAUCAUUGGAAAGGUACCCUUAAAAUAGUUUGUUAUGAUCUCCGUUUACGUGCAGUAGUAAUGGCGUUCGACGUGAUCAAUUCAAAUUAUGAAGGGGAUACAACUCUGUACAAAGAUAGUAAUUCUUAUUUUGACUUGGAAGCAGAUGACAAUGGCCUGUGGCUUAUAUACACGGAGAAAAAUGACGUGGAUAAUAUUUAUGUUCUUCAUUUUUACCCUGGGACCUUAAGAGAGUAUAGACGCAUAAAAGUUCCAGUGAAAGUCCAGGAGUAUGGAAAUGGAUUUAUAUCCUGUGGAAUUCUGUACCUGGUGUCGAGUUCUACAGUUCAGAGAACGACUAUCCAAUUCGCUUACGAUUUAUUCAAAAUGGAGUCUAUAUCAUUAUCUUUAAAUUUUAUUAAUCCUUAUGCAGGAACUUCUAUGAUAAGUUUCUUUUAUGAUAGAAAUCCAAGAAAUUGUAGACUAUUAGGAUGGGACAGCGGGCGCCUGAUUGAUUAUCAAAUACUGUUUCGGUGACAUGCAUAACAAGAGAUCACUUAACACAGUCUCUAUGUCUGUCAGUAUGAGACAAUAUAUUAUUUGGUAUGAAAACAUCUGCAAAACACCAUAGUACAUGUAACUGACCGUGAAAAUUUAUUUGGCUUUUUACUUAUCCUUGUGUAUCCAAUCCUUUAUGAAGGGUGGGAAAAUGGUAUUUAAAAAAAUUAAUUUAUACAUAUCCGAAUUGUUGCUUUUGCAUCAAAUACUUUUCCAGUGGGAAUGCUUGUCAGUGUUAUAAAUGGAUUAGCAACUCUU